CGCAUGUUUCUGUUAUAAACAAGGAGGCGUGUCACAUUUGGGUCACGAGAAUAUUCGUGCAAUGCGGAAAUACCUGGCCACGCUGUGUCCAUUUCUGUAAACAAACAGCGUGAGUCAGUGAGUGAAAAUAUCUAUUGCGAAUUCGUUAUUCCUAGUUGAAACAUUUCACGGGUUCAGUAAACUAUAGAUACGUUUCUGUAAUCGACGAUGGCAGCCGAAAAGAGUGACAAGAUAGGGGAGAAGAAUGUCUUCCUGUCACCUGAAUGUCCAGUAGAGAAGGUAACAGUGUAUUCCGACAGGGCGGAAGUGUGUCGUCAAAUCCACACCAGUGUCGUCAAAGGUGUCAAUGAGAUUGUCCUCAAACAACUGCCAGCGAGCAUCGACUCGGAUUCUAUCAGAGUUGAAGGAACAGGCCAGGCAACGAUAGCCGAGGUGACAUUCCAGAGGAAGCACACUACACCAGAUGAGGCCGACAUUUCCAGCAAGGAGAAGGAGCUGGAGACGCAGAUUGCCGACUUGAAGAAGGAGAAAGAUCAAAUUGAAGCAAGGCAGAAUGUUAUGAACAAACAAUGGAAACUGCUGGAAAACUUCGGGAACACUGUGUCCAAGUCCACAAAAAACAAGAGCACCAACCUGGACUCAGCCUACUUCCAAGGUGUGACAGACUUCCUCCAGAUGUACAAGGACCAAGGCAGCCAACUGGAGACCACCAGGCUUGAGCUGGCAGAACAGAUUGCCAAACUGGAUAAAAAGAUCGUAGCCGCCACCAACAACCUUUCAGAACUGAGAGCCAACAGAGGUCAUCAAACAGAGUCAAGAGAAUGCACCAUUGUGCUGGAGAGUGAGGGUGAACACAAGGUGUCCCUACUGGUGUCUUAUGUGGUAUCCCAGGCAUCCUGGACACCCAGCUAUGACCUGCGCAUGUUCACUGCUGAAGGUGUCCUUAAGAUCAUGUACUAUGGACAGAUAACUCAGACAACUGGCGAGGACUGGACAGAUGCUAAGUUGUUCCUAUCAACUGCCAGUCCCAGUGUCGGAGGUUCGGUACCACUAUUGGGCACUGCCGUGCUCAGUAUCGAGAGGGGGUUCAGACAUGGCAGAAGAUUUCGUUCUCUGGCAAAAGCAGGCAGUUUCUCUCGUGGGAAGAGUUACUCGCAAGAUGAAUAUGAUGACGAAGAGUAUGAGUGUGCUGCAAGUAUUGAAUCAACGCCUAGACUCAUGGGCUACACUCAGUCAAAGUCUUUCCGAAUGAAGUCACGAGGAAGAACUUUGAAUUCAGCUCCAGGGGGUAGCUUGCAUCUGCAAUCGGCAGGACUUAUUGAGGACUCGCGAGACGAAUUAUUGGAUUAUUGUGCUCCAAUGCCGUAUGUUGAAACAAAGGUGACAGAAUCUACCACCAGCACAUCCUACGAAAUUGCUCGUCAGUCAUCGAUUCCGAGUGACAACCUGCCACACAAGGUGUCUGUGGGAAUAUUUGAUGUGAAGCCCAACCUGGAAUACAUCACUCUCCCUAAGGUGGAACCAAGGGCAUAUCUCCAGGCCAGGGUCACCAACAACUCAGUGUUUACGCUGUUACCAGGUGAAACCAGCAUAUUCCUGGAUAACAGCUUUGUUGCUAAGGCUGAGAUCAAGUUGGUGUCCCCUGGGGAGGAGUUCUUGUGUUCUCUGGGUGUCGAUCCUGCGGUCAAGGUCACAUAUAAACCACUGAAGAAGUUCACGGCCUCCUCAGGCCUCAUUAGCAAGACCACCAACACAACCUACGAGCAAGUGGUCGAGAUCAAGAACACUCAUGAAUAUUCCAUCAAUAUUGUCCUGAAACUUCAACUCCCCCGUAGUAGUGAUGACAAAAUCAAGGUGACUCUGUUGGAACCCAGUCUUGAUCUGAAACACCCAGAGAAGAAUACCAACCCAAAUAUCACCAAACAGAACCAUAUUGUAUGGAAACUGGACCUUGCCAAACAGGUGACAAGGGAGAUAACUCUCAAAUACACUGUAGACCACCCACCACAACAGGAGACAAAAUUGACUGAAGCAUUUGAGAAUGAAUAAGAUGACCUAUGAUGAACCUGAAAAUUUGAAUGUGUAGGUAGUGAAUUAUAUUGCUUACAUGUAAACAUGUUGACUUCAUGACAGUAAUAUUAAUUUGUAGAUGAUUACGUCCUCGAAAUGGGAUCAAUUCACGGUCAAAUUGGAUCCCAGAUAAGUUUGCAUGUAGUUAUUCGAAUUCUGCUUUUAUUACGACCUGUCAGUAAAUUAUCCCCUGAUUAUACAGAGAUAAUGUCAAACACAUGUUGGUCCUAAAAUGAUGAAUGGAGGACUCGCACCCUCCACCAAAAUUGUGGGGCAAAAUUCCCCUUGAGACAUACCAUAAAAACAUGACAAAAUGCUAUCAAGUGCCUCUAACUUCUCUAUGUUCAAAUUUAACAUGUGUUACAUUUGACUGCUUUCUAUGUAGCAUUGUGUAUGCUAUUCAUAUAUUGAAAUUAUUAUGACAAUGACUGAAACAUUUCUAACAAAAGGCUGUUAUAAACCAAAACUUGCAAAUAUUUCUGCGAAGGUCAUCAAAUAUAAUUUAGUUAGAAUGCAUAUGGCUGUCCACAUAUAUGAUGCUGCUUUUUGAUACAUAUUCUAUAUUCGGAUUUUUAAUGUAAUGUGCCUUGCUUUUGCCAUCUACCUCAAAUCAGACCUGUGAUCUCUAAGAUUUGAUUUCUAUGUGACUACUGCGAAUGUCAAAAACAUUAACCAACUGACUUUUCACAAUGUGUACAGUUACUAUGUGAUGUGGUGUACUGUUGAUGAUUACAUCGAGGGAUGCAACUCUUGUUUUGUUUACACCUUUACAAUUAUAGUGUAAUAUGAAUAAUUACUGACCAAAUGUGAGAAUUCAUGAUGGAAAGUUCUGUGUCUAAAAUAUGAAAUAAGUCCCAGCAUAACUGGAAUAACAAAUUGUGGUAUUAAUAAGUCAAUAAGGACAGAUUUAUAGAUUGUAUCAGUUACUCCAAGACCCAAGGUGUCUGGCUUUAAGGUGUGUGGAUUACAAGGGUUUCAUUGUACAUGUUUUGUAUUAUUGUCUGACUAAGAUAUCGAGUAUUUAAGACACACUGAAUGCCACAUGUAUGAUAAGAACAUUAUGUCACAAAUUUUGUUGACCUUGUUUCACAAAAUCUCUGAAACAUAUCCCUGGUUGUUGUUUAUAUGUCAUCUGGCUUAAUACUCAUCACUAUCUUAUACUGUAUGCCAUUCACACCCUAAUCAUAGUAAAAGGUAUUGAGAUUUUAUUUUAACUUUCAGUUUGUGCAUUUGAGAAAGAUUGACAUUGUAUUUGUUAUAUAUUUCAAUAAAUAUAUUGUGGAUCUGGUGCUACCACCAAGAUUGUGCAUUAUCUUUCUUGACAGCUUGGAUGGAUGCUCAUACUGUCAACCUCAGGUUUGACUAACAGAGUAUUGGUCUCACGAACCUGUCUAAAAUAUGAAAUAAGUCCCAGCAUAACUGGAAUAGCAAA